GUUAUUGGGCAGGCACUGCUGCUGAUCUAAAAUGAGUACAAUGGCUGGCAAUUUCCAAAUAGUAUAGUCAAUAGAAAAGUAGCUUAUUGGGAAGACUAGACCAAAGACCAGCCUCAGAUACCACACAUGACUCUGCAGUUUUGUCUCUGAGAAGUCUGAACACAGAAAAGAGAAAAGUACAGAAAUUUGUGAAGAGGAGAGCUCUUGAGUCUUCUUCUUGGGUCAUCUUCCAUUUCAUCAAAGGAGUUCUUGAUCUCUUCCAAUGAACAACAAACCAAGCUCAGCCACACCACCAUCAUCAAAGCCCACAUGGGUCCUGCCCUACAAGACCCAAAACCUCACUGACCUCUACACUUUGGGCAGGGUACUUGGCCAGGGUCAGUUUGGCACCACCUACCUCUGCACUGAAAGCUCCACAGGCCACCAAUAUGCCUGCAAAUCCAUCCCAAAGCGUAAGCUUCUUUGCAUAGAGGACUAUGAAGAUGUGUGGAGGGAGAUUCAGAUGAUGCACCACCUCUCUGAGCACCCCCAUGUGGUGAGGAUCAGAGGCACCUAUGAGGACUCAGUUUCUGUGCACUUGGUGAUGGAACUGUGCAAAGGAGGAGAGCUUUUUGAUAGGAUUGUGAAGAAGGGUCAUUACAGUGAGAGAGAGGCUGCAAAGCUCUUGAAGACCAUUGUUGGGGUUGUGGAGGCUUGCCAUUCACUUGGGGUUAUGCAUAGAGAUCUAAAGCCUGAGAAUUUCUUGUUUGAUAGUGAGGAGGAAGAUGCUGCUCUUAAAGCCACAGACUUUGGCCUCUCUGUUUUCUAUAAGCCAGGUGAGACCUUUUCUGAUGUUGUUGGUAGUCCGUAUUAUGUUGCCCCUGAGGUGCUGAGAAAGCAUUAUGGACCAGAAUCAGAUGUGUGGAGUGCUGGAGUGAUUUUGUACAUUUUGUUAAGUGGGGUCCCUCCCUUUUGGGCUGAAACUGAGAUUGGGAUUUUUAGGCAGAUUUUGCAAGCAAGAUUGGAUUUUGAAUCUGAACCAUGGCCUAGGAUUUCAGAAAGUGCUAAGGAUCUGCUUAGGAAAAUGCUUGAAAGAAACCCAAAGAAAAGGGUAACUGCCCAUGAGGUUCUUUGCCAUCCAUGGAUCAUAGAUGACACCAUGGCUCCAGAUAAGCCUCUUGAUUCUGCAGUGCUUUCUAGGCUGAAGCAGUUCUCAGCCAUGAACAAGCUCAAGAAGAUGGCUUUAAGGGUCAUAGCUGAGAGGCUGUCUGAGGAAGAGAUUGGUGGGUUGAAAGAGCUGUUCAAGAUGAUUGAUGCAGAUGACAGUGGAAGCAUCACAUUUGAUGAACUCAAAGAGGGCUUAAGGAAAGUGGGAUCUGAGCUUAUGGAGUCUGAGAUUAAGGAUCUUAUGGAGGCAGCUGACAUUGACAACAGUGGAACAAUUGACUAUGGUGAAUUUCUUGCAGCCACAGUGCACUUGAACAAGUUGGAGAGGGAAGAGAAUUUGUUAUCAGCCUUCUCCUUUUUUGACAAAGAUGGUAGUGGUUUCAUAACCAUUGAUGAGCUCAGGCAAGCCUGCAGGGAGUUUGGAUUAGGCGAGCUCCAUCUUGAGGACAUGAUCAAAGAAAUUGAUCAGGACAAUGAUGGGCAGAUAGAUUAUGGAGAGUUUGCUGCAAUGAUGAGGAAGGGUAAUGGAGGAGGCAUUGGAAAGAGAACCAUGAGAAGAACAAUGAAUUUGGGGGAUGCUUUGGGGCUAGGACUUGCUGACAAUGGGCUCCAACUAACUGAUUAGAGUUCAACUAGGAGUGAUCUCCUUUUUUGGCGAUACAAUCAUAUUUUCAUGAAUCAUGGGGAGAAAUCUAUGGCUUAAUCUUAAUUUUCAUCAAUUACUAGCAAAAAGAAAUUACUACCUAUGUGUAGAGAUUCAGAUUGAAAUCUUCCUGUAAGCAAAAAUAUUGUAGUUGGAGUUACAUUGUUUUCAUUUUUCGUUCUUUUUUUU